AUGACUGCCCCUGAUCAGUACAAUACUUUUGGUAAUGUAAAUUGGAAUAGAACCUAUGGUCCUACUGAACCUCAACAAAUCCAUAUUAGUUUGGCCAAUGAUGCUAAAUAUGCCAAGGUACAAUUCGCUACUAGUCAAGCCAUUCAAGGUGGUCAAUUGAAAUAUUGGUCUAAAAAACAAGCUUCUAAUAACAAGGCGGUUGUGAUUACCACCAGUGAAGAUUGGACAUUUGUGGAUGGUGGUAAUGCCAAACGACCUUUGUAUUUGCAUAAUAUUCAAACUGAUCCUCUUCAACCUGCUACCAUUUAUCAAUAUCAAGUCGGUGCUGUUAGCAACAGCUCAAGUACCAUUUGGUCACCUAUUUUUGAAUUCCAUACUGCUUCUAAAUCCAGUUCUUUCAAAUUCAUUGCUACUGGUGAUAUUGGUGUUAACAAUGCAGUGGCAAUGGAACAAAUGGUAAAAUUGGCAGGUACUCAUCAAUAUGAUUUCAUUACUGUUUCGGGGGAUCAAGCUUAUGAUAUGGCUGAUUUUGAUGGUAUCAAGGGGGAUGAAUUUAUGAAUUUUGCUCAACAAAUCUAUUCCACUGUUCCUUAUAUUGGUGUUACCGGCAAUCAUGAAGGCGCUUACAACUUUUCUCAUUAUAAAAACAGAUUCAACAUUGUACCAUAUCAAGAAUCCAAGUCUGAAGAUGCAUUAUUCUAUUCCUUCAACUAUAAAUCACUUCAUCUUGUCUCUUUCUCCACCGAAGUUUAUUUGAAACAAGGCUCUCAUGAACAAGUACAAACUGCUUUGAAUUGGUUGGAUGAAGAUCUGACUUUGGCCAAUGAACAACGACAUCUUCGACCAUGGAUCAUCCUUAUCACCCAUCAUCCUAUUUAUUGUUCGGAUAAUAGUACUGAUUGUACUGUUGAUGCUCCUAUGAUCCGUAACGGUCCUAUUGUGAAUGGUGCUGCUUGGGGAGGUUUGGAACCUAUUCUUUUAAAACAUAAAGUGGAUUUAUAUCUCGCUGGUCAUGUGCAUAACUAUGAACGUACUUACCCUCUUUCCAAUGAUACUCUUCAAUCUACAUCUUAUCACAAUCCUCCUUCCUUUUUCCAAGUGAUCAAUGGUAAUGCAGGUAAUCCUGGAGCUCCUACUCCUUUUUCCCCUGAUGAUCCUCAUGCUGACUGGUCUGCCAAACGAUAUGGUUCUUUUGGUUUCUCUGAAUUCAAAGUAUCUCCUACCACAUUAAAACUCACUCAUCAUGCUGUCAAUACUGAUGGUUCCUUGGGUCAAAUCAUUGAUCAAGUCUCUGUCACCAAAUCACUUCCCAAGAGAAAAUGA